AACAUUUAAGCUGCUGUAUAAUGUGCUCAGUCUAAAUCAAGCUUUGAUCUCAUUUAAAUAUCUUGAAAAUAUCUUAAGAUGAUGAUGAUGAUUUGAAUACCGAUUCGGGUGAUAUUCAGUGAUUCAAUUGUCAUAAUGAAUUUUCUUAUUUUCAUUUUGGUAUGUUUAAUCUGCAUUGCCGAGACGAAAGUGCAAACUGACCUAUGUGAUAUCUCAAACUACUGGACUCAUUAUGGGAGCCAUUGUUAUAAAAUAUAUAACACCUCCUUAUCCUGGGAAGAUGCUGCAAACGUGUGUAGGUUUUUGGACGCCGAGCUUCCAAUUAUUGACGAUGACGAUAUUCAGGAAUCGUUGGUGAAUCUUUCUAAAUCUGUACAAGCUGAGCUUUGGAUUGGGAUUUCGUUAUAUCGAGGGAACUGGGUAAACCCAUCUUAUGAAAAUGUGAACCAUAUAAAUCAAAGCUGGACAUUAUCAGACAGUUCGGAUCCCUUUGGUACAAACAACAGAAGUUGUGUUGUUAUACGUGAAAAAGAUGGAAUCCUCAAGUGGAUUUUCAAAGAUUGCAAACAAAGAAGCUAUUUUGCUUGUUCAAAACCUGAGGGCACUUGUCCCCUUGGUUGGAUAUUCCACCAGCGAACUUGCUAUCGGUAUAUCGACACACUUCAAACAUCGUGGAAUAACUCCAUAUUAUACUGUCAACUGAUGGACUCCACGUUGCUUGAAAUUACGGAUGUUGAUAAGCAAGUAUUCAUUCACCAGCUCGUACAAGUACAAAGUCCAGGAAUAGGAAACGAUGAUCGUCUUUGGUUGAAUUUAAGAAAGGACGCCCAGGAUGACUGGAUUUGGGAAGGUUCUUGGCCGACGUAUACCAACUGGUUUAAUGAAACAGAUGAAUUUCAGUUCAACUGUUCUUACAUGGAUACUAGUAGAGAAGGUAAAUGGUUUACAGAUAUACCUUGUUCAUCUUCGGCCAACACGAUAUGCAACUUUGACGUUGGUUCUUCAAAUUGGGAGAAAAACAUGCUGAAGGCUGAAGUUAAAGAAAACAAAACAUCAUCUGAGUGUGGGUUUGGUUGGGUGAAUGAUCCACUAGGCGAUUCAUGUUAUCUGGUGAAAAAGGAAUUGCUCGUUUGGUCAGCAGCAGAAGACGAGUGUAUCAAACAAGGAGCGCAUUUGAUCAGUCUGGAUAGCGUCCACGAACAGGGAUAUAUAUCAGGUUUCCUUCAUUCCUCAAAGGACGACUAUUUAGCAUUCUGGAUCGGUGCAAACUCUCGGACUGAUGGCGAAGGGUUUAAAUGGAGUAAUGGAGCUCCAUUUGUCUUCUAUAAUUGGUUUCCAGAACAACCUGAUGGUCAGGAGGGCGGUACUGAGGAAUGUGUCGUCAUGUUUUCUAGUAAUGGAAAAUGGUCUGAUGUAUCAUGCGGUCAACGACAUUCCUUUAUUUGCGAAAAAAAUCGUUCCUCAAAAUUAAAGACAACAACUGUAAAGCCAAUUGAAAAUAACGGCAGUAGUAAGGCUUGUCAGGACGGAUGGAAGAUCUAUAAUAAUCAGUGUAUUUUGAUUGAGAGACGAAAGUUGUCUUGGAUUGAGGCAAGUGAAUUCUGCAGAAAACAAAAAGGAUUUUUAGCAUCCGUAGAGGACCAAAAUGAGCAAAACUUUCUUUAUAGUCAGCUUCCCUCAAAUUACUGCUUUAAUCUUCAUUCAAAUGAUACUUACUGCUCAGAACUUGCUGCUGCUGGUAAAUGUACAGCUGAUCUGCUUUUCAUGACCAAACAAUGUAUGGCUGCAUGCGGUAUAUGUGAUUUAGUAUGCCACGAUGUAUUCGAAUCAACCACGUGCCAAGCUUGGGCACGUACUGGUGGUUGUGAGAAAAAUCCAACUUUUAUGCUCCGUGGAUGUGGAAAAACAUGUGAAGGUUGUGAAUCAGUUUUAAAGGGAGGGUUUUGGCUCGGUCUUCGUGAUUCAAAAGAUCAGACAUUCGUAUGGGAAAAUGGUGAAGACGUUUCUUUUAGUUUUUGGAGAAGGUCUGAACCCCAAGGAUACGUCCCAUACAAACAGGGAUGUACAGCUAUGGCAUAUCAAGAUGGAAUGUGGUUUGAUCAAGAUUGCAAUACCGUCAUGCCAGGUUUUAUUUGUAAAUCUCCAAUGCAAUACAUAGGAACAACAACUGUGUCACCAGGAUGUAACGAGACCUAUAUUAGCUAUGAAUCAAUGUGCUACAAAUUUGCCGAGGAGAAUCUUUCCUGGAAUGAAGCACAAGCAAAUUGCGAAUCAGAAAAUGGACAUUUAGCAACUGUUAAUAGCAGGUAUAUACAGGCUUUUCUUUCAAGUCAACUGUUUGAAAAAGCGGGGAACUAUUGGAUCGGAUAUAAAGAAACUAGAGCUAAUGACAGUUCAACCUUGUGGAAUAGUGGCCACCCUAUUGAAUUUCAAUUUGGUGAUAUUGUUGAUUCUUCUUCACUCCACCAAACGGAAGCAUGCGCAGCAAUGACCACAACUGUUCCAGUUGGCAUUUGGUCCUUUAUAAACUGUGAAACAAAACAAAAAUUCAUCUGUGAGACUCUGAGAGAUGGUUAUACAACAACUAUUAUUUCCCCGCCUACAACUCCUCCUCUCAUGUGUCCUGACAACUGGAUUACAAUAGAUAACAACUGUUUCAAAGUGUUUGAAAAUUCAACGUGGACAAAUGCGAGGGCAUAUUGUAGAGGAAUUGGGGCUGAUCUAGCUAGCAUUCAUUCUGAAGCAGAAUUGAAUGACCUUCAGUCUAAAAUAAGGAAAUCUGGUGACAUGUACUGGGUUGGACUAAACGAUCGAGAGAAAGAGGAAUAUUGGGUUUGGUCGGAUGGAACACCUGUGGUCUAUGCACCAUGGAUGGACAAUAGGAUUGUUAACUUGAAUGCCAAUGAACAUUGUGUUGUGUUCCGAUACAUCGAUGGAAGCUUUGACGAUUUGAGUUGCACAAAUCUACAUCCAUUCAUUUGCAAAGUACCAAAAGGAGUGGAAAUACAGAAACAUUUCCAGCCCAUUCCAAUCGAAAAAUGUGCCGAUGAACGUUUUAUAUCGUUCAAUGGUUCGUGUUUUGCCGUCAACUUCAUGAAUACGACGUAUUUUGAAGCGCAACGUUUAUGUCAUCAGAAGGAUGCCGAGUUAACGAGUAUCCACAAUAGGAGAGAAAAUAUAUUCUUAGCAGAAAUUGGCAAUGGCAGCCUGUGGAUAGGCUUACGCGAUUUGCAAAACGAUGGUUUUCAAUGGAAUGAUGGCACACCAUUUGAUUUUGAAGUGUGGAAUAGCGUUAAGUAUGCACAGUAUGUCUUUGGUUCACCUACAGGAAAGAGACGGUGUUCCGUCUUUAAUGCUGGCACAUGGAGUCCCGUUAACUGUGGCCAUCGAGUCAACGGCUUUAUAUGUAAACAGCGUGAACAUGGCGAUUCCGAACCCGUGCCACCAGCUUUGAUAAUUGGCGGAUGUCCCGAACAGUUUAAACCAUCUCCUUACAACAAUAAAUGUUACAAGCUGGUAAAAGAGACCAAAACGUGGUUCGGAGCCGUAGAUGAGUGUUUGAAAAGAAAUAGCUCAUUGUUAUCAAUAAAGGAUCAAAUUGAGCAAGAUUUUGUGAUUAACUUGCUUGAAUGGUCAAAUCAAUACUUGUGGAUUGGACUUCUGAUGCAAAGUAUGACCAAGGAUAAGGGGGGUGAGUACCUUUGGGAAAGUAACAAUGAGGUGACCUAUACUAACUGGAAAACUGGAGAACCAUUUAUAAAGUACAACUGUGUUGAAAUGCAAGGUUAUUCUGACAUGAUGAAUGUGGGAACGUGGAAAACAAAUUAUUGUACUGCUGAAAGAGGUUUCAUAUGUGAAGCUUGGAAAGAUCUGUCUAUUCCUGUAAUAGAAUCAACUGUGUGUCCACCACAUUACGUGGAGAAUAAUGGAAGGUGCUAUCGGUUCUUCCAAGACAUUCCAUUGGACUGGGAAUCGGCGGAUCACUUCUGUACACUCGAUAACGGAACACUGGCAUCCAUAUCGACUAUAUAUAGAUUCGGUUUUAUUCAAGCAUUAGGUCGCCAUGUCAAUUUAACUACCUACUGGAUAGGAUUGAGAAGAUCAAAUACGUCGGAUCUUUAUAUGUGGAGUAAUGGCCUACCCUAUAUUUUCACUAACUGGAACCAGUCAGAACCUAGUCAGAAACCAGGAGAAGAUUGCGUGCUAUCACACAACAACAAAUGGAAGGAUACAUCUUGCAAAAUUCGCUUACCUUUUCUUUGUGAAAAGAUAAUCGAAAAUCAACCUUUGCCACCCCCACUGAAAGUGAACUGUACUGCAUCAGCCAUGGCUCUCAAUGGAGCGUGCUAUCACUUCGAACUUGAACAUGCAGAAUCAUGGAUGGACGCUCGUAAUAAGUGUAAACAGUUCGAUAUGGAUUUAGUUUCCAUUCAUUCUACCAUUGAAAUCGAACACAUGGUAGAAUUUGUCAUAAGGAACGGACUUACACGUUCUUUUUGGAUUGGGCUAUCCAGACGAAAAGAUUUAACCGAUCCUAUCGAAAAAAUUAGUUUUUACUGGUCAGAUGAAAGCGAUUUCGACUACGCAAAUUGGAAUGAAGAAGAACCCAGUGAUAGUUUAUUGAGCCAAACAGAGGAAUGUGUUGAAAUGUUCACAAACGGCACGUGGAAUGAUGCUUCAUGUGACCAAAUCAAAGGCUUUGUUUGCAUGGAAUCGGGAUUUAGUGGAAUACAAACAACGAUAAAAGUGUAUGACGUCGCUAGCACAACAGACGACAAUACAACAUGGCUUAAAAGUUUUAUAAAUAACCCUAAAGUUGUGUUUGCUAUUACUGGCGUUGUGAUUGGACUUCUAUUGAUAAUGGUCGCUGUGGGAAGUAUCGCAUUCUUCAUCAAAUCUCGCAAGUUCUCGUCCUCAUAUAAAGAACCAAUAUCAGCGGGAUUUGAGAACGCAGUGUACUUUAAAGACGAGGAAAACGUUUUUAUUUCCGAACUGUAAAGACAUUCAUUGUAGUCUCUAGAGUAUUUGUCAAUGAUUGCAUUCAAAAGUGUUAUUAUCGCCAUUUCUUGCAUGUACAGAACAAAAGUUUAUUAAUAAAUUUU